AAAAGCUACGAUAGAGUACAUCCGGUUUAUCUCAGAUACACUCUUGAAUUCUUCGGUUUCCCACAAACUCUUAUCAACAUAUUGUGUGCUUUAUUCUUCCAGAAUCAAACAAGAGUUAAUAUUAAUGGGCAUUUUACGGCUAUCAUAACUCAAGAACGGGGACUUCGUUAA